GUGGAUACGGGGGUGUUUCUAACUUCCUGCUCACACAGGAAGCACAUCCUCUGCUGGGGUCACUCUGACCCGUGCUGGUGGUGGUUCUCUGUUAUCAGGUCUGUGUUGGACACAUUCUGGAUAAGUGGAUUCCUCUGAGCUCCUCUGGACGGCAGCAUUUCUGUGCGUCAGUCAUUCAUGCAUGUUUCUGUUGGAGAAACAAGGCUGGCUUGUCUGCGUGGACGUCCCUCUCCUCUCAGUGUGGCUCCUCCUGCAGACCUCCUCCCUGCAUGUGUGUGUGUCCUUUUUUUCCUCUUUUUUUCCCUGUUUGGCUCGGAGGGGGAGGUUGUGACUUGCAGUCCUCUCGGAGGGAGCAGGCAGAUUUGGAGCCUCUGCUCCGGGACUCUUUAAAGACUUGAAGCUUGACCAAAGUUUUGGACUGAAUGCAGCUCUGCUGUUGUCUGGGGGGUGGAGGAGCGUGGAGGAAUGCCUGCUGGAUCAGGUUUCCCAGCUUUACUGGCGUCUCUCCUCAACAAAGAGGCUGUGCUGAGCAUGUAGGAAAUGCUCCGUUCUGCAGACUUUUUUUCCGUCCCUUCACGCCUCCUCUUCGUCCUCCUCCUCUUCUCCUUCGUGCGCUCUGCUGAAGGAGGACCAACCGAGGAACAAAGUGAUGCCUGAAACUUCGACUCGGACCAGCACAACUGGAACUGAUUUUGUUUACUCUGCAUGGAAACACUCUGAGCCAAUCAGGACGUCCCGCCUGUCAUGGACUGCGCGGCGGGUGUGUUGAAAACGUGUGCCCCCCCCAGGAGUAGAGGGGGAGAGCGGCGGCCGCCCCCCAGCCGGCCGGCGUGGAUGCCGGCAGACGUCUGCGGCGCCGAUGGAGUCGCCCGGGCCGUGGUUCUGCUGCGGCGCUCACUGCUGGGCUUGUGCUGCUGUCGGGCCCACGACGGGGGCGCUCAGCUGUGCCGGGGCAGGGGGGGAGACCCGGUCCGACGAGGGGAGGAGGAUGAAGAGGCCCCGGAGGAGUUAGGACCGCCCCCUUCAGUGGACGAGGCAGCGGACGCCCUCAUGACCAGGCUGGGCUUCCUACUGGGGGAGAGAGUGGUCAGUGAAGAACCCGUCUCUCCACAUCAAACCCAAGAUGAGGCCCAGAGAAUUUCUCCCUCCUCCAGCCUGGCCAGCAGCAACACCUCCCCCUGCUCCACGCUGCAGCCUCCUGCUGGGGGGGAGGGAAGCUUUAGCAACAAGCCUCUCUCCUGCCACCACGCCUCUGUGGCCUCCCCCACCUCCACGCUGGAGAGCAGAGACAGUGGCAUCAUAGCCACCCUGACCAGUUAUUCUGCUGACUCGGCUGCAGAGCGGGAGGAUGGUUCAAAGUACGCCAGUGACGGUUACCAUGGCAGCAGCCUGAGGCAGCAAGGCAGCCGGCUGGUGGCGCCCUCCGUUUCCUCGUCGUGCGUGCUGGCGGGGGGCAGCGUAAGGGACUGUUUGAUGUACCAGGGGGACGACGGGCUGUCCGCCUCCACCUACAGCCUGAACAAGCUCCACCCGGACCGUGGACCCGGGUCCUCCAACUCCUCUGCCUCGUCCCACUCUGUCACUCUCAACCUGAUUCCUCGUCCAAACUCUGUGGCAGCCACUAGUUCAGCCCACCUUGAAGAUCUGGCGUAUCUGGAUCAGCAGCAGAGACACUUGCCGUCAAGGACGCCUCUCAGGCUGCCCAGACAGAAUUCUGGGAGUCACAGUCAGCAGGAUUCCAGAGUUCGCUUCACCCCCUCCCUCAACCUGAAGCCCCUCCACUUUGAAGUUCCCGGCCUCUCCUCUGAUUGGCUGUUCACCGGCAGAGAGUGGCUCUUUCAGGAAGUGGACAGCUGUCUUCGCAGCAGCGACCCUGUGAGCAGCAAAGGAGUGGUGAUCGUUGGAAACAUGGGCUUUGGAAAGUCUGCUAUCGUAGCCCGCCUGGUGGCGCUCAGUUGUCAUGGAAACCGCAUGUGGCCAAACAGUAGCAACCAGACAAUGCCAAGAAGCAUAGAGGCUGUUCCUCUUUCCCAUGAUUCCAUGGGAAAAGGCGGAGAAGAUGAAGGAGGGGGAGGAAGCUGCCCAGGAACUCCAGAGAUGAGGAGGAAGCAGGAGGAGGCUCUGAGGCGGCUUGCAGGACAGGUGGUGUCCUUUCACUUCUGUCAGGCGGACAACUGUCCCACAUGUCUGGUCCCUGAGUUUGUGCACAACAUGGCCGCCAUGAUGAUUGAGGCCCCUCAGCUGGCCGCGUACAGAGAGCUGCUCCACCGGUCGCCGCCGCUCCAGAGCUUGCUUAGCAUGCGCUCCUGUGUUCAGGAUCCCGGCGCCGCUCUGCAGAGAGGAAUUCUGGACCCUCUGGAGGCUCUUCACAGAGAGAGGAAGGUCCACGUGGAGGGGGCGGGGCUAAUUGUUCUGAUAGACAGCCUGAAUGAGGCAGAGUUUCACCGCCCCGACUAUGGAGACACUCUCAGUUCAUUCCUGACUCGCAGCAUCCAGAAGUUUCCUCCGUGGUUGAAGGUCAUCUGUACUGUCCGUACUGCUCAGCAGGACAUCACUUCCUCCCUGCGUUUUCACCGAAUCUCUUUAGACCUCAUCGAGGAGAACUGCGCCAUAGAUCGAGACCUGCAGUGUUACCUGAUGCAGCGCAUUCAUAGCAGCUCAGAAAUUCAGAACAACGUGUCGCUCGGCAACGGGCGCCUCGACAAUGCGGCGCUCUCCAAACUCAGCACCCACUUGAAGAGCCUAAGCAGAGGCUCGUACCUGUACCUGAAGCUGACUCUGGAUCUGAUAGAGAGAGGAUACCUGGUGCUGAAGAGCUCCAGCUUCAAGGUGGUUCCUGUGAGCCUGGCUGAGGUGUACCUGCUCCAGCUCAACAUGAGGUUUCCCACCCAGUCCUCUUUCCAGAGAGUUCUGCCUCUGCUGAACGUCACUGUGGCCUCCCUCCAUCCACUCAAUGAGCAACAGCUGUUUGAGGUGGUGAACGCCGGCUCCAUUGAAGGAGGCAGCAUGCAGUGGGCGGAGUUUGAGCAGCGCCUGGAACAGCUGUCCCUCUUCCUGCUGCGAUGCAGGGACGGCAGCCGCAUGUUGAACCACGCCUCUUUCCGGGAGUGGCUGAUGUGGAGGGAGGAGGGGCAGGAUGAGCGGUUCCUCUGUGACCCCAGGAGCGGCCACACGCUGCUGGCCUUCUGGCUCUGCAGGAUGGAGGGGAAGCUGAACCGGCAGCAGACGCUGGACCUGGGGCAUCACAUCCUGAAAGCUCACAUCUACAAGGGCUUGAGCAAAAAGCUUGGGGUUUCCUCCUCCAUACUUCAGGGGCUGUGGAUGUCAUACAGUACUGGCAAUCUGAGUCUGGUCCUAUCAUCGCUGCGCAACCUUUACACCCCUAACAUCAAGGUGAGCAGAUUGCUGAUCAUGGCUGGGGCUGAAGUGGAAUACCAGAGCGACGUUCUCAAUAAGGCCCCCCUGCUGUGUGUCCAUGCUCACCUGGGACACGCUGAUGCUGUUGCACUGCUGCUGGACCACGGAGCAAAGGUGAACGCUCGCUCACAGGACGGUCUAACCGCUCUGGGAUUUGCUGCAGCUGCUGGUCACCUGAGCAUCGUUACCAUGCUGAGCCAGCACGGAGCGAAGGUUGGACACGUGGACAACUCGGGUCGCUCCGUUCUGGUCCUGGCAGCCCAACAUGGUCACUUGGAGGUGUUGCGCUUCCUGUUGAAGCGUGCCGACUGGAGCUGCACCACCUGCUGCAGCCAGAGGGGCGUGAGCAGGAGCCAGGCGGUGCAGCAGGCUCUGAUCGCUGCUGCCAGCAUGGGUCACACCGAGAUGGUGUCGUACUUGUUGGAUCUUCCUGAAGAAGAUGAGGAGGAGGAGCAGAGACCUCAGAUUAAUGUCUAUGACAGUCUGUGGGGAGAGACAGCUCUGACGGUGGCGGCAGGACACGGUCGACUGUCCAUCUGCCGGCUGCUGCUGGAUCAGGGAGCCGCUCCGGAGCACUGCAACAGACAGGGAGUGGCUCCUCUGUCUGCCGCCACCAGGCGUGAUCACUGGCAGGUGGUGGAGCUCUUGCUGAACCACGGGGUGGAUGUGAACCGCGCCGACCAGCAGGGCAGGACCGCUUUAAUGACGGCAGCCUCAGAGGGACACACGACCAGCGGCCGGCUGCUGCUGGACCACGGAGCCUCUCUUGACCAGAUGGACAGGGAGGGCCUGACGGCGCUGAGCUGGGCGUGUCUGAAGGGUCAGCUGGUGCUGGUCAGAGAGCUGGUGGAGAGAGGAGCCGCCACCACCCACGCUGACCGCAGCGGCCGCACGCCACUGGAUCUGGCAGCUUUCUGCGGGGACCCAGAAGUGGUGCAGCUGCUGGUGGACCACGGCGCUUCUGUGGAGCACGUGGACUCCAGUGGGAUGCGUCCUCUGGACCGAGCAGUCGGCUGCAGGAACACCUCAGCUGUUAUCGCUCUUCUCAAAAAAGGAGCCAAAAUCGGACCAGCCACCUGGGCCAUGGCAACGUCAAAGCCCGACAUUUUGAUGGUUCUGCUGAGCAAAAUGAUCCAGGAAGGAGACAGCCUGUACAAGCAAGGCAAGGUGAGGGAGGCAGCCCGCUCCUACCAGUCAGCCCUGCAGAAGUUCCCAGGAGACGAGCUCAAGACCUUCAAGCAGCUGAGAGUGUGUGUUCUGCUCAACCUGUCCCGCUGCCGCCGCAAAAUGAACGACUUCAGCCUGGCUGAGGAGUUUGCCACCAAAGCUCUGGAGCUGAAGGCUAAAUCCUACGAAGCUUUUUAUGCCCGCGCCCGCGCCAAGAGGAGCCGCAGACAGUUCCACGCCGCCCUGGAGGACCUCGUCGAGGCUAGCCGCCUUUGUCCGACCAACCGGGAGAUCCAGCGGCUGCUGUCCAGGGUCAAAGAAGAGUGCCGGCAGGCUGCGCAGCUGCAUGACUGCCCUCCCCCACCCCAACAUGUCUAUGACGUGGCCCCGCCCACUGGCCAGGAUUCGAGGUCUGUGCAGGACACAGAGGGCCUCAGAGAGGAGGAGGACAACCCAAAUGAAGAAGAAGAGCCCGCUCUUCAUCCACAGAGUCUGGACACCCGCUGCCAUGCACGGGUACCGUCCCCCUCCCCCCUCUCCCCCUCUCACUUGCAGCUAUCCAGCCCCACCCACCCAGCGGGCCUGUCGCCGCCCUCUCACGCUGCACCUCGCCCCACUUCCCCGUUAUAUUCUCAUUUCAGCCCCCCUCAUUCCCCAGGCCACGUGACCCAACAGAACUACCUCUUGUCCUCACAGAGGUCCCUGCAGAACCCCGUGAACAACCAGAUCUCCCACCCAGGACCGCCUGCCCCCUCAGCCCAGCCCGGUAUGGUGUUUCGUCAUUCUGCCUACCCUCAGUACACCCAUCUGCUCCAGGAGCUGGCAGACCUGGGGAAGGGCUUCAGUGCAGAAGGCCACGCCUCCUCCGCGUUGGAGGACGUGAACGCUGACGCAGCUCGGCAAGUGAGAAGUGCUCCCGUCUACGGCAGGGGGGCAGAGUCAGAGAGGGUGGGGGUGAAUCGCUUUGACCCAUCCCGGCAGUUCAACCGCAACCAGUCCAAGGCCGCCUACUACCCAAUGGAGGUGACAGAAACAGCAAAGGGCCCGGCUGACGGCUGGCAGGCAUCGCACGAUUACCAGUACCACCACCAGGGGGCGGUCCGCCGGCCUUUCAGCACACACUCCUCCACUGCCCCUCCACCCAGGCCCCUCAUGCACCCUCAGGGCUCUGCUGUCCAGUUCUCCUCCAGCAGUUGUAGCCUUGCAGGCAGGCCCCCACCCGGACAAGCCCCUGGCUUCAGAACGUCCUCCUCUGCGCAGCACAUCGACCCCCCCUCGGACUAUGUGGGAGCGGUCGGCAGUUACCAUGACGACUUUUUCCAGAUGUCCCCCCCUCAGUCGGAGAUGUGUGUGGUCGGGGGCGGGACGUAUCCCGGCGAGGCGGGACGGGCUGCCAGGAGCACCCCCUCCAUGGGUUUGACUGACAGGACUUUCAGAGUGCAGCAGCAGCAAGUCACAUCCAGCUCAGCGUCCUGCCUCAGCCCAUCGCGCUCCUGGGCCGUGUCCUGCGUGGACACCAUCGUCUCCUCACCCAGCAAGAACCCGGCCAGCUUGGCCGCCCCCUCAUCCAUCGCCUACUAUAACCGCAGCAACAACAACGGCCACCUCCUCCUCCAUAGCCAGGCCGACUCCUGCGAGGCGGGUUUGGCGAAGGCCCGGCAGGCUGUGAGGCUGGCUGGAGCACUGCCAGCCGUCUGCGCAGGCAGACCCGCAGACAGGCGGGGGGGCCCCACCUCGCCUGUCAAACCCAAGCGCCCCUUUGUGGAGUCAAAUGUGUAGAGAGCAAUGACAGAACUGAGUUGGAUCAGCACAGUAGUUUCAGGAUAGAGGAGUUUGUACUAAAACAAGACCUUGAAGCACAAAGAAGGAGAAGACAAUUCCUGCUGAUCACUGACUUUAACCAGAAGUGAAGGAUCCUCCAUUACAGUCUGCAAAGGUUUAUUAAAGGCUGUAGGGGGCCGGAACAAAGAAGCAGAAAUCCACAUCUGCCAUAUUUAUCUUUGAAAGCCUAAGAACAUGAUUUCAUCCUGGGAUCACGUCUGUCCUGUCUUUUUUAACCUCGACUUAAUUCAAGCAAAGCACACCGAAGCAUGACCAAACACUAAAACAUGACAUGCACAGGCUUCAAUUUGUCUUCUUUUAAUACUGCAAAAUAUCUACCAUUCAUCCAUUUCAUACUCGCCUGCAUCAGGAAUUUGUCCAGUUUUGUAACCAAAAUAUGCAAAAAUAAUCAAAAUUUCAUACAUAUUUUCUAUGACUGGUCAUUCUGACUCAGUCGCCUGUAAAUUGGUGUAGUGAAUCGAUGUGACUGGAAUUUAGACCACUAUUUUUGGAAGGAUUCCGAGACAGUGCAGUCAAACCGGACUGAUCCAGAACCAUCUGAGCCACUCGCAGACGGACAGACAGAUCCACCUCUUCUCUGUAGAAAUAUUUGCCUGAUGGUAGGAAAGAACUAAAAAAAAAAA